AUGAAGCUCACUGCCAUCCUCUCCACCGCGGCGCUCGUCUCGGCCGCCGCCGCCACCCCCCAGGGCGGCUACGGCUUUGGCCGCCGUGACGCCUACGAGAAGCCUGGCUAUGAGAAGCCUACCUGGUCCAAGGGUAUCUCCAACACGACGACCACCUCUCAUGUCAAGCCGUCGCACUCGACCACCCACAUCAAGCCGCCUGCCUCGACCACCCAUGAGAAGCCUCCUCAUCGCACGACGGAGAAGCCCAUCAAGCCGACGCACAAGCCGCACCACAAUGCCACCACCACGGUCUUCCACACGAAGUUCACCACCUUCUGCCCGGAGCCGACCACCAUCUGCGUCAACGAUGAGACCAUCACCGUCACCAAGCCAACCACGUUGACCUUCACCAACUGCCCCUGCACGUUCCACCCACCCAAGCCCACGCACCACCCGAAGCCGCCUCACCACAAGAGCAGCGAGACUCACGCUCCUCCUCCGGAGACCAAGACCAAGACGGAGAAGCCGCCGCCUCCCCACACCAAGACCGAGACGCCGGCUCCUCCUGAGACCAAGACCGUGAAGCCGCCUCACACCAAGGUCCCUCCUCCUCCUCCGGAGACCAAGACCGUGGUGCCUCCUCCUCACACCAAGGUCCCGCCUCCUCCUCCUCCUCCCGAGACCAAGACUGUGGUGCCCCCUCCCCACACCAAGGUGCCCCCGCCUCCUCCUCCCCCGGAGACGCAGACGGUUGUCCCUCCCCCCAACACCAAGGUCGUUCCCCCGGAGACGCAAGUGCCUCCCCCGGAGACCAAGGUUCAGCCUCCUCAGACUCCUGUUGCUCCUCCCCCUCCUCCUCCUCCUGCCCAAACUCAACGUCCUCCCCAAACACAGGCUCCUCCCCCCGAGAAGACCCAAGCUCCUCCCCCGGUCGUCACUGCCGCUGCCGACCGCUCCACCGCCGGCUUCGGAGCCCUCGUCGUUGCUGGCUUCGCCGCCAUGCUCAUGUAA